AUGCCGCUACCCAACUCUAUCCGUUCUUCAUAUAGUCACGUGUUAUUGGCUGACCCGCAGUUUGACAUUCCCGGACCGAUUGAUUUCCUAUUGGGUGCCGACGUCUAUCCACAGAUAUUAGGGCCGUCAUCACGUGCACUACAUAUCCCUGGACUACCAUCUGCGUUAGAAACCACGUUAGGUUGGAUUAUUUUAGGUUCAUCAGUGGAUAAAGAUAAAUCACCGAAGGUGACCCUAAUGCUAACCUCAGAAGUGACGAUUGAUAAUCUUUUACGUACAUUUUGGGAAAUCGAAGAACCAAUACCCACGAAUAAGUUUUUUACGGGUGACCAAAAAUGCGAAGAAUUUUUCUGUCGCACUACGACUCGAGAUGCUACCGGUCGGUUUACGUUAUCGCUGCCAUUUAAACACAAUUCUUCGUUACUUGGGGUGUCACGAGACAUGGCCGUCGCACGUUUUUUAAACCUUGAGCGUAAAUUUAUCAAAGACCCGGAAGUGUAUGAACAAUACCGGGCCUUUAUGCGGGAGUAUGAAGAUCUGGGACAUAUGCAACUCGCGUCGAGACCGGGCAAGUAUCAUAUUCCACAUCAUGCAGUGAUUAAACGAAGUGACAAGACUAUUAAGUUAAGAGUAGUAUUCGACGCGUCGGCGGUAUCCUCCACUGGAAAAUCGUUGAAUGAUAUGCUACAUGUGGGCCCAAAAUUGCAGAACGAUAUUUCAGAUUUAUUACAUCGAUGUCGACUUCAUAAGUAUAUGUUUACGGCCGAUAUCUGUAAGAUGUAUCGGCAAAUCAAGAUACAUCCUGAUGACUGCCAAUACCAACAUAUCGUUUGGCGUAAUGCUGUGUCCGAUCCCCUGCAAGAUUAUGAAUUAACUACAGUGACCUACGGUGUCACAUCGUCACCUUUCCAAGCCAUUCGAGUGUUACAUUCAUUGGAAGAGACAGAUGGUCACCGAUAUCCGUGUGCGUCAAACAUCUUGUCUACACAAACGUAUGUUGACGAUAUAUUGACCGGUCAUCGCACUGUUGACGGCAUUGUUAAAUGCCAAGAGCAUAUAACUCAGUUGUUAGCGAGCGCAGGAUUUGAAUUAAAAAAAUGGUCUUCGAAUUGUGAUGAACUACUUCGCCAUAUUCCGGAAGAAAAUCGAUCCAUUCAUACAUCAUUCGACCCCAAAGAUAAUACGUCGGUAAAAAUUUUAGGGUUACAUUGGACGCUGACUACCGACACAUUUAGUUACCACACGUCGCCAAUACCCACAAUUUAUACAAAACGGUCGAUAUUAUCUACGAUUGCUAAACUCUACGACCCAAUCGGGGCACUGGGUCCGAUAAUAUUUUGGGCGAAAUGUUAUAUGCAAUCGUUGUGGCAACUUAAGCUACAAUGGGAUGACCCGCUCCCGGAAUCAUUGUGCGAUAUAUGGAAACAAUACUCAUCGGAAUUAUCAUGUGUCAACAAGAUACGACUACCUCGAUUUAUUGCAUGCCCAGAUGACAGUAAUGUUCAAUUAAUUGGAUUUUCAGAUGCUUCGGAAAAGGGGUACGCAGCUGUCAUAUAUUUGCGAAUAUGUCACGCUGAUGGAAAUAUUACGAUUCAUUUUAUUACCUCAAAGUCCAAGGUGGCGCCGUUGAAGUCUGCGAGUAAGGAUACUUCAUUAACUAUUCCACGCUUAGAGUUGUGUGGAGCGCUGUUAUUGGCACAAGUUUUAAACCGACUGAUAAUAACGUUUGAAAAUAUUGUACCUGCCAGCCACAUAUAUGCAUGGACGGAUUCACAAGUGGUUCUAUCAUGGUUAACAUCGUCGCAACAACAAUUCAGAACAUUUGUAACAAAUAGGCUCGCAAAGAUUGUGGAACUGUUACCAAUGUGCAAUUGGCGCUAUGUUGCAUCAUAA